CCCACCCCCGGGGAGGCCUCGUCUGGCGCUGCGGGCCGCCCGGGAUAAGGGUUCGAAUCCUACCACCGCCGUCCCCCCGCUCGGAGACCUGGUCCCGUCCGGCCCCCGAGGAUGAGGGGGGGCCCCCUCGGCUGGUCCUUCACCUGCUUGGCCACCCUCCUCAGUUGGUGCCAAGCCUGCCUGCUGUCCCCUGGAGAGCCAGACUGCCCCACUGCAGGUGGCGGCUGUGCCUUGUGCCCGCAGUGCCCACCGGGCGAGGAACCAAAGCCGGACCGUGGUUCCAGGCCGACCUGCCGCCCCUGUGCCCCCGGCACGUUCUCUGCCAGCUUCGGCCCUGAGCCCUGCAUCCCCCAUACCCGCUGCCAGGACUGGCGCCGGGGCCAGGCCACCCCAGGCACUGCGACCCGUGAUGGGGAGUGUGGGGGCUGCAUGAAGGGGUUCUUCGCUGCCUCAACAGGGGCAGAUGCCCGGUGCCAGCCGUGUACCUGGGCGCCCGCGGGCACAGAUGCCUGCGCUGGGGCCGAGGCGCAGUCGCGACGGUCGAGGCGUCAGUCCGGCCCCGCCGGGCCCCGGGCCCCGGACAACGGCACGCGGGAGGGGAAGCCAGAGGAGAGGAACACGCAGUUCACCGUCGUCGCCAUCGUCCCAGUCUUCUGCCUCAUGGGGCUGCUGGGCAUCCUGGUCUGUAACUUGCUCAAGCGCAAAGGCUACCACUGCACGGCCAGCAAGGACCCCGGCCAGGACCACGGGGCCAUCUGGAGCGGAACCAGUCCUGCGUACUGUGCUGACGACGCCAACGAGGACACGAUUGGGGUUCUCGUCCGGUUGAUCACGGAGAAGAAAGAGAACGCUGCAGCGUUGGAAGAGCUACUGCAGGAUUAUCACAGCAAACAGCUGGUGCCGGCAGACCCAAACCCCAGCAACAGGUCAAGGGCCCCCGGUGGAGCUGACCGCAAGCACCCCAGGCUGCCUCUGCUCUGCCAGCAUCAGCAGCACCUGCACACGGUGCAGGGCCCGGCCCCCCGCACCGGCCCCGGCUCCGGCUGCUCCCGCUGCAGCCAGAGGAAGUGGCCAGAGGUCCUGCUGUCUCCCGAGGCGGCUGCCGCGGCCACGCCAGCCCCCAGCGCCCUGUCCACCCGCAGCGCCAAACAAGGGGCCAGACCCGGCCGUCAGGGAGAGAUCACGGUCCUGUCUGUGGGCAGGUUCCGGGUGGCCCGCAUCCCCGAGCAGAAACCGAGCCUGAUGCUCCCGGAAGUCCGGACCAUUUCGGAGGCGAGUGUGAGUGAGCUGGUCGACCCCACGUGCGGUGCCCCUCCCGAGCAGAAGCCCCUGCUGGUCCACGGGGGCAAGGCCAAGUGGCAGAAAGGAACUGAUGGGAAGCAAGAGGACACCCUCUACGUGGUCCGGCUCAGCGAGUCCAACCUUGUCAUAUGAAGCCAGGACCAUGCCUGAAGCUCUGCCGGUCCCACCUCAUGGUGCUCUUUGGGGCUGCCGAUCCAGUUGACAACGCACAAAUCGGACGACGACGCAAGGACCAGAGCCCCCUGCCUGGGGCAGCCCCAUCCCCCAUGCCAGGCUUGGCCCCCAGUACUAGGCCACAGGGUGGGCCGGUCACCUAGAAGGGGGCAGGAGGGUUAGGGGUCAUCAGGAGGUGGGGCACAGACUGUAGGAGCCCCCCGUUCAGGGAAGGGGAAGGAGUGGGCACGGGUGAGGAGAGAAGGCACUGACCAUUGCCUGCCCCUUCCACUUUCCUUCCUCCAUCAGAAGGCGGUGCUAAUAGACCGUGCUCCCCACCACAACUGAGCGGCUCCUUCCUCCCCUCAUUCCUCUGACUUUCUGCAGUGUGGAAGUCGGGAGGAGGUCCUCAGCCCCUGCCAGCAACCCCCUCCCCUGCUAGUCAUUUGAGAAAAUAAGUAGCCACGCUCCCACCUUGCUCUGCGUGACUCUGGGUCCUUUCUGUUACAGGGCCUGUCCACAUCCCCCCCUCCGUCCCCCCCCACAACAAUUGCUUCUGGUUCCCAGACCUACUUUGGGGAGGAGGAGUGGGGAGGGACCAGCCACUGAAGGUGGAGGGAGGCUCAAGGUUUGGGGUAUACCGAGUGUGGAUUAGGCACAGGCCGGGUUUGCUCUGUGCUGAUUCUGUCCCCCACUGCCCACACUGCUGUCCUCUCCUGGUUUGUGUUUGUGCUCAAGGACUGAAAUAUUAGCCGCAGCAACAGCAGCUCGAGAUGGAGAAGCAUCUGUAUCUGCCUUUGCCCCGUCGACUCUUUCCCCGCUCUGUCCCGGCCCCAGCGGGCUCGGGCAUUAAGUGGGUGCUGGGCAGGGCCCAGGCCCUGCUGUUCCCCCUUCUCUUCCCUUUCCCCGUCACUGUCUGAGUGUGUGUGUGUGAGAGAGAGAGAGAGAGAGAGAGAAUGGUAGUGAUGCAGCGGGGAGGCUGGCUUGUCCCCUUAGGUUUGAUUUAUUUAUUGAAUUUUGGUUUGGCCACCUCCUCCUCAGUUGAUUUCUGUAUGUUGGAUAAUAAAAGUCGGAAAUCGUGA